AUGGCUGUUACUAUAUCUAUCCAUUAUACUGGACUGUACAUUCGUGUGAACAACGUUGCCCCAAAAGCUACAAUAGGAAUAGACUUCCUUUCCAAGACAAUGUACUUGGAGGAUAGAACAGUGAGACUUCAGUUAUGGGAUACUGCAGGGCAGGAAAGAUUCCGUUGUUUAAUACCAAGUUACAUAAGAGAUUCCACUGUUGCUAUAGUUGUGUAUGACAUCACAUGUAUGAAUUCUUUUCAACAAAUCUCAAAGUGGAUUGAUGAUGUGAGAUCAGAAAGAGGGAAUGAUGUUAUUAUAAUGUUGGUUGGAAAUAAGACUGAUCUACCUGAUAAAAGGGAGGUAACCACAGAAGAAGGUGAGAAGAGAGCUAAAGAACUAAGUAUUCUGUUUAUUGAGACUAGUGCAAAGUCAGGAUAUAAUGUGAAACAAUUGUUCAGACAUGUGGCAGCAGCUCUUCCAGGCAAUGAAAACACAGAUAAAGUAAAAGAGGACAUUGUGGAUGUUGACCUAAAAGAUGCACCUACAGUAUUGGAGCCAGAAGAUGAGGGUUGUGGCUGUUAGUUUUUGUUGUUCUUUUUUUAACUUUUAUGUUAAACAGAGUAAUGUUUUGGGUGAUAUUUUAAUUCAAACUUUUUUUAUGGUACCAUUUAUAGUGCCUUUUUAACUCAAUUUAAUUAAAAUGAGAUCAAUUUUCCUCAGGUUGAAAUAAUUUAAUUUCUAGAUGAGAGAGAUUUUUUGCUAUAAUGUGUGUGUAUGUUUAGCUUAUUGCCAGAAUACAUUUAUUUACUGUUGAAUACAGGAACUUGUUCUCCUUAAAGUAAGCAUUUUUAUGUAGGUUUUUUGUUUCAUUUUAAUAUAUAGUUCAACAUAGAUCUAAGGCUUAAUUUUAUAGCAUAAUGCUUAACUACUCAGAAAUCCCUGUCUUUAAACAUAAAUUGCAAAACAUAGACAAUUCUUGUUUUUCAUAAGCAAGAAAUGUUUUCUGUGUUAAGAAAAUCUUGUGGUAUCUGAAUAAUUAUGUAAUCGAAAAUCAGCAAAAUAAUUAAAAGUUGUCUUGACUUAUCUGUUUGUGCCUAGAAAAAACUAAGGGUGGGUUUUUGACCAGCCAAAACAAAGUGGUCAGUUGGCUUGUAAAAUACUGCUGUAUGUUACUUAGUAAUUUCUAGGGUUAAAAUUAAUUGUUUUUUUGUUGGGUUUUUUCGCCUUAUAAAUUGUAAAGUUUCUAAAGGUGUUUUAGACCUAUAACCUCAACCUAUUCUUUAGAAUUUGAACUUUUUCCUUAAUUUAUAACUUCAAGUUUGGUUAUAAACAGUAUAACAUUGUUUCUAUAUGUUAAAUGAAUUUCUGUUUGUUCCAAUUGUUAACUUUUUUGAAUAACACUUUCAGAUCAACAGUUAUUGUAUAAUAAUGUUAUAAGUUAAAAAUUACUUGCAUACAAUGAGUACCUUGCAAAACAACUUAUUAGACCAGUCAGAUAAGUUUAUAAUUUUUCUGAUUUUUGCCUUUUUUUUUUUUCUUACACAAGUAUGUUUCAUCAUCAUCAUUUAUUCCAUACUUUCAUGUCCCUUUUAAUUUUAUUCGUCUUCCUUCCCUUCUGUUUCUUUGCCUAGAAGAAUCCAAUUUUAAUCAAACAAAUUCUGCAUCAGGUCUUCUUGGAUCAUUUUCAUUUAUGAAAGAUUGUAAUACAAUGACUAACUUUCCAAUUAUGCAUGUCUUUUUGUCAUUUUCUUGUUUCUUAAGAUGGACCAAACUCUAGCAUAAGCUGUGGUGCAAAAGACAGACAGACUAUUCAACCAGAACAGCUAAAAUACAGGGAGAGCAUAGGCUUUUCCAUCACAUUAACUGAGAGAGAUCCUUAUAUUCCACAGUAGGAAUGGCAUUUUACAAACUUUUUAAUUAAAUAGACUGUUUCUUAUAACGUCAGCUAACUGUGUAAGAAUAUUCUGCUGAACAUUACGAUCUUUGAAAUUGGCCAUGACUACAAGGAAGUCGCUUGCUGAAUAUAAUUCUUCACUCUUAUCUAUCCCUUGGUAACCCAUAUUGACUGUAUACUGCAUUAUGGGCUAGGAUGAUAACUUGUAUAUAUCACUCUUUAGUGUUGUAUUUUUCCUCACCUUUGAUAAGAAAACUGUUUUCUGUCUACUAAUGCAUGUAUUGUUGUAUGGUUGAAAAAAAAAAGACGUUUGGCAUAGGAGAAAGUAAUGCAACUGCUUCCAUUCUUUCAGUUAAUUGAUACACAUGCUAUUAUGUUUUAUAAAUUUUCAGUUUCACACACAGAACACAUUUUUAUCAAGUAUAUCAGUACAGAUCUCUGUAGGGCAACAACCAGCAACUACCUCUUCUGUGGCAGUUGACUGCAGAGCCUUCUUGCAUGAUUGAAGAUAUUUGGGCCACUUAAUGGACAAUCUCCAUCCAAAUUCCUUCCUUGGCAGUUAUUUUGGAUUAAAAGUCAUCUGAGACUCAAAACUAAAAAAUUUUAGAGCUCAAAAGACUAACCAGAGGCAUUCAGAAACUGUAGUUUCUCUUCAUCCCAAAUAUCAAGGUAGAUAUAAAUUGCCAAAAUGGCAAAUGAAACUUCAAUGACAGAGUGAUAUGUGUUUUCUCAGAGAGAUUGUAGGUGUGAUGUUCGUUGAGUCAGAGUCAUGAUCCCAUGUAUCAAUAAUUAGGUUGUCCACCUCAUUUUCACUGCUGGAUAAGUCCUUGCCUAAUUCCUGGAGCAUAGUGAAUCAGUUCCGUACAGUCAGCGGGUCCCCCGUAGACCAUGUGACAACAGCUCUCGUACGAGUACUGACAUUCAGCAUGGACAUGUUUAGAUGAAACUGGAAAGAUCCUUAAAAAAAUUUGUUAUAACUGUAACCCUGAAAAGGGCUGUUACCCAAAAAGGGAUACAUCUGUUAAGAUAUUAAAAGUAGGAAGCACCUUCAAAAAGAGAUGUAUAUAUAUUUCAGUGAUAAAUUAUCACUUACCUUGUUUUCCUUGCUACUUACCCUCUCCUACAAAUAAUCCUAUUAACACAGUAUAAAACCCGUUAAAAAAAAACGUAAACUUUCCACAGUAGUAAAAACGCAUCUUUACUUCCCCAAAACCCAAACCUAUCAAGUUGCAUAAGGUUAAUAAGUGUUAGUGUUACUAGAAUGAGAGUGGGAAUAGUUUAUGCUUCAGAAUGGUCACCAACACUUAUCAAUUAUCAAUUCCUUGUCCCUCAUGCAGAUGUGAAGAGAAUAUUUGUAUACUCUACACAUCACGUUGAAUUAGUUGCACAUAUAAAGUACAGGAUGUUUAGAUAGUCAGUCUUCAACAUUUUCUGUAUCUUCUCAACUCAAUAAUGUUUUGAAAUUGAUAUACAGUGCAAUUUACAAUGUACUAAGAUUGAUUUGUGUUAGUAAUUGAAUAAAAGACUAGCUAAGGAGAGGUCACCAUAAAACUGAUUACUUUUUUUAUUAUGAAUAUUACUCAAUCCAUUGGAUACAAUGAAAAAUUAUAGGUUUAUUUGAGGAUGACAUAGAUCUUCUUCUGGAAACGUGUAAUUUUCAGCACUGAAAAAAGGUUUUCUUCUGGGUACUUACUGCUGUGAAGCUUGUACAUUGGUUGAAGCUUGUGACAAAUUUAUUAUAUACAUACAUAGGGAUUUUUAACAAUCACUUAUUCAGGCACCACUCUACUGGUGAAUCCAGUAAUGCCAACUUGAUGUGGGCUUCUAAUACUUGACAGCUUCCUGUGAGUUAAGUAGUCAUUAUCGAUAACUACUGGCCCAAGCAAGCAACCUUUGUAGAUCAGAAUUUAUAAGUUAAUGCAACUAAUUUCAUAUACAUUUCUAACUAGAAGUAUGCAGUAAUAUAAACAUUAAACUUAUAAUAAUGCAUUUAUUAAUCAAUUAGAUAUACUCUCUGUUAGUGAUAUUUUCAGCACUGCAGUUUUUGGACUUAGGAUUGUAAUGGAAACUGAAGCGUACUUUGACCAGACAGAAUAUAAAAUGUUUUUUAAAUAAGUUGUAUAUAUAUAUGUAUAUGUAUACAGGGAGACCCAAUGGUAGGUAUACAGUUGAUAAUUGAUAAUGCAUUUAAAGUAAUUAAAUUUAAAGUAUACAGUUGAUAAUUUAAUUAACAGCACUUUACACAUGACUUGGAACGAUGGAAAAGUUAAUCCCACAGGUGUUCAGAUUGAAGCCCAUUACUGUUCACACUUUUGUAGUUUCUUAACUAACUAGUCCAGAUAUUGAAAAAAGGCCCAUAUUUGAUGUUUCUCUCUAUGCUGCCCCCCAGUGGCACAGCGGUAUAUCUGCAGACUUACAACGCUAGAAACCGGGUUUCGAUACCCGUGGUGGGCAGAGCACAAAUAGCCCAUUGUGUGUAGCUUUGUGCUUAAUUACAAACAAACAAACUCUCUAUGCUUAGAAAUAAGGAGAUUUCAUACAUCUUAUUCUUAAUAGUUUAAAAGUAUCUAAUAUUUUUUUUAAAUACUUAAUUUUGAAAUAUAUUAUAUUACUGCAGCUGUAGUACAAUGAUAAAGGCUUCUUUUUGUAUUGAUUUGCUGAUUGAGGCAUGUAAAGAAUCUUAGUCCAUUCAGUGUAUCUGUUAUUAGCUGAUCAACUUGAUGUCUUUAAAUAGGCCUUGAAAAUUUUAUGUCACAGUAGGAUAGUUUAUAUAUAUAAAAUUUAUUAUUUUUUUUUUGCACACAAAUGAAAUUUAUAAUUUGACCAAGUGUACUCAUUACAAUAAUAUGAGAAAAAGAUUUACUUAAGUGUUUUUAGAUUCAUUAGUUCCAGGUUUUAUUAUCACCCAUUUUUAUAUAAAUAUCAUACAUAUAUAUUUUGUUUU